GGAUCUCUGAUGGUCUGGGCUGCUAUUAGUAUUGGUUUAGGGCCUUCCCCUUUGAUUAUAAUGCCGAAGAACGCGAAAGGCACCUAUGCUUCAGAAGAAUAUACGGCUACCCUCGAGGAAGGCCUUCUACCCUUCCUCGACUAUCCAGAAGACGCUGUAUUUCAACAGGAUAACGCCUCAAUCCAUACAAGUAGUUGGACUAUGUCGUGGUUCUUAGAAAGAGGCAUCGUAGUCCACGUUGGCUGGCCCCCCUACAGUCCAGAUUUGAACUGUAUUGAACACCUAUAG